AUGGCUCAUGAGAAGAUCACAUGGAAAUGCAUCAUCCCAGGCUGUUACAAAAGCGCUGCACGUUUAGAAAACCGGUUGCAGACAGAUUGCAAAAGAAAACAAAUUCUGAAACAAAAACCUUUGCUGCAGAAGAGGCUUUCCCUCUCGGAUAUAAACGAUGAUCCCAGCUCAACGCUCUUUGCAGAUGAUCUUUCCAACUCUGUCAUCGGCCUUAAUCUUCAUGUUUUUUCGUUAGCGGAGCUUAGAGUUGUCACAAGUAAUUUCUCAUGGAGUAAUCUGCUUGGUGAGGGCGGGUUUGGACCGGUGUUCAAGGGGUUUGUUGAUGACAAGCUUAGGCCUGGAUUGAAGCCUCAGCCUGUAGCUGUCAAGCUGUUAGACUUGGAUGGCUUGCAGGGCCAUAGGGAGUGGCUGGCAGAGCUUAUAUUUCUUGGACAGCUGAGGCAUCCUAAUCUUGUUAAGCUGAUUGGAUAUUGUUGUGAAGAUGAGCACAGGCUUCUUGUAUAUGAAUUCAUGGCAAGAGGAAGCUUAGAAAACCAACUUUUCAGAAGCUAUUCUUCUGCUCUGCCGUGGUCGAAAAGAAUGAAAAUCGCUGUUGGAGCAGCUAAGGGCCUAGCCUUUCUCCAUGAAGCCGAUCAUAAGCCUAUCAUAUUCAGAGAUUUUAAGACUUCAAAUAUUUUGCUGGACUCUGAUUAUACAGCUAAACUUUCAGAUUUUGGGUUAGCAAAGGAUGGUCCAGAAGGAGAAGACACACACAUAACCACACGUAUAAUAGGAACACAGGGGUAUGCAGCCCCAGAAUACAUCAUGACAGGUCGAUUGACAACCAAGAGUGAUGUGUAUAGUUUUGGAGUUGUUCUGUUAGAGCUGCUGACAGGUAAACAGUGCAUAGAUAAUACCCGCCCAAAUCGAGAACAGAACCUUGUAGAAUGGGCAAAGCCUCGCUUGAAGGACCCCAGAAAGCUUGACCGGAUUAUAGACCCAACAAUGGAGGGACAAUACUCCACAAGAGGGGCUCGAAAGGCGGCUGCAUUGGCUUACGCAUGCCUGAGCCACCAGCCAAAGAAUAGGCCAAUGAUGAGUGAUGUGGUCAUGAUCUUGGAGCCUCUUCAGAACUUCAAUGAAGGGUUAAUUGUUAGGCCAUUUGUUUAUGUAGCACCAAAUGAGGAGGAUAGUAAUAGUACGUAG